AGAUUGGCCAGCUCGCAAAAGAAAACGAUUGGAGACGUGGCUCCGUCCCAAGCGCGACCAAAAGCUUCAGGAGGCGGCGGCGGCCGGUGGCGCAGUCCAGCAGGCAUUAGUUAAUCAUGGUGUUCAGCAAGGUGGAAGUGAACCUGAAAAGGCUGCUUGAGGCGGCCCCCCGCCAGCAGAAUCAGGCUAAGCUUGUCCAUUACAUAACCACAGCCAGGGAGCUGUUGGAGCAGCUUGGAGCUGAAAUUACACCAGAAGGAAUAUCAAGUGUUUCAAAAGCUAAGCUCAGUGAGUAUUCAGAAAAGAUUGAAGCAGUAGCUGCCACGCUUGCUUCUCUAGUGCCAGAAAAUGAAAAUCUGGUUGAUGAGAGUAGAGAGCAAGACAACUCUUAUGAAAGAGAAAAGGUUGGGAGUCCAAUAUCCUUAUCAUCAGGAUUGCGGAGGAGAUCGACGGCUCAGAUGGAGGUUGGACCAAGCAGUCAUGAAAGAAAAGAAAAAGACACUGGAGCACCUAUUAAAUUGGAUGCAGAAGCUCAGGCUCAUAUUGAGAAGCAUAGGAAGCUGCAAGAAGAUCUAACUGACGAAAUGGUUGACUUAGCACGCCAGCUGAAGGAGAGUAGCCUUUUAAUGAACCAAUCCGUGCAAGAUACAGAGAAGAUCCUCGAUUCCACCGAGAGAGCCGUGGAGCAUAGCCUGGCGAGCACCGGCCGUGCAACGGCGCGAGCCUCGGAGGUCUACUCGCUGGCCUCCAAGACAACCUGCUUCCAGUGGUUGCUCAUCUUUCUGAUGACCUGCAUGUUUGUCAUGGUGGUUCUGCUCAUACGGAUCACCUGAUGUCGCCAUGGCGUGUCACCAGUGGCCGCUAAGAUAGUACUGCCGUCUUGUAAACAGUCCUUGUACGAAGAUAAACUUGAACCUGUGUUCCAGAGGAGCAUUGUUGCUCAACAUCAUUAUGCAGUUUGCUGAAGAAAGAUGUCCCAUUGGGAGAAUGCAUCGGCUCACCGUGCACGCACCCAGGUGCUGUUGCCCAAUGUUUUUGUUCAUGCUCAUUUUCUGAUGAAAAUGUGAACAGCAUGUAGACUUGUGUGUGUUGUACACACACAAAAUUGUCCCUCUGAUUGAACUCAAACCACGCAAGAAUUAUGGAAUGGAGGGAGUACUUUUGAAGGAGACAAAGGAACAAUUUAUGCGCAUAAAA